CUCAUGUUAGAGAGGACUAGGAGGUGCAGAGACUCGACAAACGGAGAGAUGAGGCGUGGCUACCGCAGCAGCAGCGGUGUGCUGGUUUGGCUGGUGCUCCUGCGCACAUGCUUCGAAGCACCUCGGGUUCAGGCUCAGCAAGCAGCAAGAACUGAUCCGAUCGAAGCGGCGGCGCUCAACACAAUCCUGGGGAGAUGGGGAUGGAAAGCGACGCGGUCGCCGGCGUGGAACAUCAGCGGCGAGCCCUGCAGCGGCGCCGCCGUCGACGACGGCGUGGGGCUCGACGGCAACAGCGAGUUCAACCCGGGCAUCAAGUGCGACUGUUCCUUCAACAGCAACACCGUCUGCCACAUCACCAUGCUGAAGGUAUACGCAUUGAAUGUUGUCGGUCAGAUACCUUCAGAACUGCAGAACCUCACCUACCUAACUUACCUAUGUUUCUGGUGUUGCUUCAGGAACCUUGAUCAAAAUUACUUGAUGGGUCCAAUUCCAUCAUUCAUUGGGCAAUUUUCUGGAAUGCAACACUUGAGCCUGGGAUUCAAUCCAUUCUCUGGGCCACUUCCAAAGGAACUUGGGAACCUCACGAAUCUCAAUUUGCUAGGCAUCAGUUUGGACAAUUUUAGCGGUGGACUUCCUGAAGAUCUGGGCAAUCUGUCCAAACUUGAGCAAUUGUACAUUGAUAGUAGUGGCUUUAGCGGUCCCUUCCCUUCAACGUUCUCAAAGCUUAAAAAGCUGAAGAUUCUGCGAGCAUCGGAUAAUGAUUUCACAGGGAAAAUACCUGAUUAUUUUGGGAGUUUGACAAAUAUGGAAGAUCUGGUACUCCACGGAAAUUCUUUUGAGGGCCCGAUUCCAGCAAGUUUGUCUAAUCUAACCAGGCUGACAAACUUAAUUGUUGGUGAUAUUGUAAAUGGAAGCUCUUCGUUGGCCUUCAUCAGUAGUCUGACAUCUUUGAGUACCCUGAUAUUGAGGAACUGCAAGUUAUCUGGUAAUCUUGGAGCAGUUAAUAUUUCUAAGCUUGCAAAUUUAAUCUUGCUGGACUUGAGUUUUAAUAAUAUCACAGGUCAAGUUCCUCGAUCAAUCCUUACUCUGGACAAACUUGAAUUCCUGUUUCUUGGGAACAAUAGCCUUACAGGAAGCCUACCUGAUGUGAAAAGUGUUUUAUUAAAAAAUUUAGAUUUUUCAUAUAACCGGCUCACCGGAAGGUUUCCUUCUUGGACUACUGAGAGCGAUUUGCAUCUGAAUUUGGUGGCAAACAACUUCGUUCUUGAUAGCACCAACGACAGUAUUCUACCUUCAGGACUAAACUGCCUCCAGCAAGACACUCCUUGUUUCCUUGGUUCUCCACAAUAUUAUUCCUUCGCGGUAGACUGCGGCAGUAAUAGGUCUAUGACAGGGUCAGAUAAUACUAUGUACGAUGUAGAUCCUACAGACCUUGGGGCUUCAUCAUAUUAUGUUACCGGUCAAACAAGAUGGGGUGUCAGCAAUGUAGGAAAAUUCAACCAGGCCCCAAAUGGAAGUAACAUAAUAUAUAGCUCCAUCGAGCAGUUUCAGAAUGCAGCAGAUUCAGAACUGUUCCAAACAGCAAGGAUGUCAGCAUCGUCACUGAGAUACUACGGCCUUGGACUUGAGAAUGGAAAUUACACUGUUGUGCUUCAAUUUGCAGAGACUGCUUAUCCGGACACACAGACUUGGCAAAGCCUAGGAAGGAGAGUCUUUGACAUAUAUGUCCAGGGUUCUCUUAGAGAAAAGAACUUCAAUAUAAGGAAGACAGCUGGUGGAAAAUCUUUUACUGCAGUUAGCAAGAGUUACACAGCAACUGUGUCAAAAAACUUCCUUGAGAUCCAUCUCUUCUGGGCUGGCAAGGGCACUUGCUGCAUCCCUAAACAAGGUUACUAUGGGCCGAUGAUCUCAGCAUUAAGCGUUACUCCAGAUUUUACUCCAACUGUGCGAAAUGGUGUACUGAAAAAGAAAAGCAAAGCUGGAGCAAUUACUGGAAUAGUGAUCGGUGCAGCAGUUUUAGGAUUAGCAGCCUUAUUUGGAAUAUUUGUGUUAACUAAAAGGAGAAGAAGGCUAGCACGACAGCAACAAGAACUGUACGACCUGAUUGGACAACCUGAUGUCUUCAGUUAUGCUGAACUCAAGUUAGCUACAGAUAAUUUCAGCCCUCAGAACAUUCUUGGAGAAGGCGGAUACGGGCCAGUCUAUAAGGGUACACUAACUGAUGGAAGAGCAAUAGCCGUGAAACAACUCUCUGAAUCAUCUCAUCAGGGGAAAAGACAGUUCGUGGCAGAGGUUGCAACCAUUUCUGCUGUCCAACACAGGAAUCUUGUCAAACUGCAUGGAUGCUGCAUUGACAGUAACACACAUUUGUUGGUCUAUGAGUACCUUGAAAAUGGAAGCCUUGAUCGAGCUCUCUUCGGAAAAAAUAGUAGGUUGAAGCUAGACUGGUCAACACGCUUUGAGAUCAUUUUAGGCAUUGCCAGAGGCCUAGCUUAUCUUCAUGAGGAGUCCAGCAUCCGCAUCGUGCACAGGGACAUCAAGGCCAGCAAUGUGCUCCUUGACACCGAUCUCACCCCCAAGGUCUCCGACUUUGGACUCGCCAAGCUCUACGACGAGAACAAGUCGCAUGUCAGCACGACAAGAAUCGCAGGCACAUUUGGCUAUCUGGCUCCUGAGUAUGCAAUGAGAGGCCAGCUGACUGAAAAGGCCGACGUCUUCGCAUUCGGGGUGGUCGCUCUGGAGGCUGUCUCUGGCCAACCCAACACCAGUAACUCCCUCGAGGAAAGUGACAUCUAUAUCUUAGAAAGGGCAUGGGACCUGUACGAAGGGGAGCAACCACUGCGAAUCCUGGACCCAAGACUGGAGAAGUUCGACGCCGGGGAAGCUCUGAGAGUCAUCCAUGUCGCGCUCAUGUGCACGCAGGGCUCGCCGCACCGGCGGCCGCCGAUGUCGAGGGUGGUGGCAAUGCUUACCGGGAAAGCCGAGGUGGCUGAGGAGAUGGCGAAGCCAAGCGACGCCAUCAUCACUGAAUCGCAGCUCAGGGGCAGGGACAGUAGCUGCGGCACGAGCAGCUACUGGGGGUUGUCGACCACCCCUGAGUUCAGCAGGCAGAAAGAGGUCGACCCUCUCACCCAGUCGCCGACGAUCGCCAGAGCAAGCCACGAGAUCGAGGGAAGGUGAAAACAAAGAUGAUCGCUGCUGAAGGUGGUCGGUUUGAUGAGGUGAACGUUUCAGAUUCUGUUAAAUAUGAGUUGGAAAAACAUCUCGUUCUGAAUUAUUGUACUGUCAGGUGGAAAAGGUAUCACUCCUUGUAUAACGAAUAAAUGGGUUUACAUGUUGUAUGACCCUAGUUUGGAACUUUGGAUUGUAGUUUUGGUAAUUAAUGAUAACGGUCAAUGUAAAGUGGUAUGGAUUGCUACAUAUAAGGUUUAUUCUCAUGAUUGCAA